AGUUUUGUGAAAUAAUUACCAUAAAAAAAAAAUUAUAAGAUGGAAGCUGGUUUGGAUAUGGGUUGGAUCAAAAUCUGGUCAUUACUGUUACAUCACCUUCCUUAAACAUUUUUUUUUUGUCUCUCUGUAUUUUUUUUUUCUUUUUUCUUUUCAUCUCUUCUAAAACCAGAAAUGGCUGAAUCAGACAAAGGAAAAAGAGUAGAGAGCAGCAGAGAAAUGGCGUCGACCAACACCUCUUUCUUCCCCAGAGAUCUUCUUCAGAGUUUCAUCCCUGCUUCCUCUGAACCCGAUGAUGAUGAUGAAGAUGACGACGAAGAUGACGAAGACAAGAUCGAACUCAAUCUGGGUUUGUCUCUCGGCGGCAGAUUCGGGAUCGACAAGACCGGUACUGGUCUGAACAAGCUAACGAGAUCGUCCUCGGUCGUGGGAACGAUGCCAAUUUGCCGGGAGGAGAAGCCGACGGCAGCGACGGCGGGGAAUACGGAGAAGGAGGCAGUGACGACGGAGGGUUGUCCCUCGUCGGCGGCGCGAAGCACAGGUUUGACGAGGACGACAUCGUUGCCGGUGGAGACGGAGGAGGAGUGGAGGAAGAGGAAGGAGAUGCAGACGUUAAGGAGAAUGGCGGCGAAGAGAAGAAGGAACGAGAAGCUUCGAAGCAGCAAGAACCAGGAGGAUUCUGGUUCGGGUCGGGGCCGAGCGACGGCGGCGGCUUCGUCUUUGUUUCUCGUGACCCAUCGGAAAUAA